GUUUUAGAAGAUGGAAUCAGGAUCAUGGCACGUUGAGAGAAGAGAUACUUCAAGAGACGAGCCGUUCAGAGAUGUCGACAAUGCCGAAACUGGGUGUCUCUCCAUUGUUGUGCUCGGUGCUUCUGGCGAUCUCGCCAAGAAGAAGACCUUCCCGGCACUCUACAACCUCUUUCGGCAGGGAUUCCCCCCCGAUGAAGUUCACAUUUUUGGCUAUGCAAGGUCUAAGAUUUCGGAUGACGAGCUAAGAAAUCGCAUACGUGGGUAUCUUAGUAAUGAAAAAAGUGCUUCAUCAGAGAACUUGGAGAAUUUAAGAAAGUUUCUGCAACUGGUUAAAUAUGUAAGUGGUUCUUAUGAUUCUGAGGAAGGCUUUCGGCUGUUGGAUAAGGAAAUCUCAAAGCAGGAAUUAUCAAAAAAUACUGUGGAGGGAUCGUCUCGGAGACUUUUUUAUCUGGCACUUCCUCCAUCAGUUUAUCCAUCUGUCUGCAGGAUGAUCAGGCAUUUUUGCACGAAUAAAUCCGAUCUUGGUGGAUGGACAAGGAUUGUUGUUGAGAAGCCUUUUGGCAAAGAUUUGGAAUCUGCAGAGCAACUCAGUGCCCAGAUUGGAGAGUUAUUUGAAGAACCACAAAUUUACCGUAUAGACCACUAUUUGGGAAAGGAAUUGGUGCAGAAUAUGUUGGUUCUUCGAUUUGCAAAUCGCUUCUUCUUGCCCCUUUGGAAUCGUGACAACAUUGACAAUAUACAAAUUGUGUUCAGGGAGGAUUUUGGGACUGAAGGUCGUGGUGGAUAUUUUGAUGAAUAUGGGAUUAUUCGUGAUAUCAUUCAAAAUCAUCUGUUGCAGGUUCUUUGCCUAGUUGCCAUGGAAAAGCCAGUUUCUCUCAAACCUGAGCAUAUUCGGGAUGAGAAAGUGAAAGUUCUUCAAUCAGUUCUUCCAAUUAAGGAUGAAGAUGUUGUUCUUGGACAAUAUGAAGGCUAUAGGGAUGAUCCAACAGUUCCUGAUAACUCAAAUACUCCAACUUUUGCAACUGUAAUUCUGAGAAUAAACAAUGAAAGAUGGGAGGGUGUACCAUUUAUACUCAAGGCUGGGAAAGCAUUGGAUUCGAGAAAGGCAGACAUACGUGUUCAGUUUAAGGAUGUGCCUGGUGAUAUAUUCAAAUGUAAAAAACAGGGGAGAAAUGAGUUUGUAAUACGCCUUCAGCCUUCAGAAGCCAUGUACAUGAAGCUUACGGUCAAGAAGCCUGGACUGGAGAUGCUGACUAUCCAAAGUGAAUUAGACUUGUCGUAUAGGCAACGUUAUCAAGGGGUCACAAUCCCAGAGGCUUAUGAACGUCUAAUUCUUGACACAGUAAGAGGUGAUCAGCAGCAUUUUGUUCGCAGAGAUGAGUUGAGGGCGGCAUGGGAGAUCUUCACACCUCUUCUGCACAGAAUUGAUGGUGGAGAAAUGAAGCCGGCUCCAUACAAACCGGGGAGCCGAGGUCCUGCAGCAGCAGAUGAACUGCUAGAAAAAGCUGGUUAUGUUCAAACACAUGGCUAUAUAUGGAUCCCUCCCACCUUGUAGAGUGCUGUAUACCUGCAAAAAUGGACUCUGGUGUAUCCAUCCUGUUGCCUGCCGAUAUCAAGUUUGCAUGAAAAAUGGCUCUUUUACAUUAAUAAGCUUAAUGAAAGCAAUACAUAAGCAAGUAGUAUGACUCGAGCUUAAUAAGCUCUCUGAUCGGAACAAGUAGUAUGACUCGAGCUUUACAUAAGCAAUAUGAGACAAAUCUAUGCCCUUUCUGUAAUAAAUUGCUAAAGCUGCUUUUGACUUUGUAAUAUGAGUUUUCUUUGUACGCA